AAGUCCAUCUGCCCUCAAACAGCAUUUCAGCUCGGUUUGUCCUGCUUUCUUGCAUGUGAAGGACUUUAAGUGAGUCUGGAUCGUGCUCAUAUAAACAGCUGCACACAGCCAGAUGACACGGAAUUCAUAACAGCUUUACAAUUUACAGCUAUGGGUUCUUCAGUGAAAAGCGGCAGUCCCAUCACUACACACGUGCUGAACACUGGAGACGGGGUCCCAGCGGCAAGAAUGGCCCUCAGUCUACACCGCCUGGACCCCAGCAUGGCCAUCUGGAACCUCAUAACUACCGAGAACACUAAUGAGGAUGGACGCUGUCCAGGACUAAUAACCAGCGAUGGCUUCGUUCCAGGAAUGUACAAGAUCCGCUUUGAGACGGGCCAGUACUGGGAGAGUUUGGGAAAGUCCAGCUUUUACCCAUAUGUUGAGAUUGUCUUCACUAUCAGCGAUGCUGAUCAGAGCUGUCAUGUGCCACUGCUGGUCAGCAGAUACUCAUACAGCACCUACAGAGGGAGCUAGUGAGCAGCCAAAGAAACAGAAGCACUGAACACUGUCAAGACAUUCUUAAAAAAUAUGUUUCAUGUGUAAGUCUGAUGAGAUUCAAGAAAUCUCCUCAAGCAGCAGCUUUAAACACCUUAACCUAAACACCCCGGCACAAUUUUCUGAAUGUUGUCAUGUUGCUGUUUUCUUUAGAAUGAUUGACAAUUCAGUUCUUAACAAUAAAAAGAAUACAUUUGAAAAAA